AUGUCUCUCCUCGGUCCUGAAGGUGCUCGUCUGGACCCGGAGCAAGCGGAGAAUUUCGAGGAUAUGGAAAAGCAGUUUGCAGUGAAGGCUGUGCAGCAUAUGAUGACUUACUGGGCGAUCCUCGAAAAGAUGCCAGGAUCCAAACUUCGCCUGACACGAAUGGACGAUGAGAUUCUUCAACACCUUCAUGAAGCUUUUCCCGAGUUCGAUCCUGCCGAGACCAUCGACGAGGACAAAAUGAAGAGCAAGGAAGGCAAAGAGCGAUGGCGCAAUUUUGUGAAUGUCUAUGAGAAAGGUGAUAAGAAAAUUGAAGAUUUCAACUUUGGCACCAUGCUGAGAAGGAAUCCCAAGUUCGAGUAUGGAGAGAAAGAGACGAUGUUUGCUGUCCGCAUGCAGUUCUACGCCAUUGAAAUAGCACGAAAUCGCGCGGGACUCAAUGAUUGGAUCUAUGAACUGGCGCAUUCAGAGGAGAAAGACAAGGAAGAGGGCGUAUGA